CUUUUUAACGCAAUGGGCGGCGGUCAAACCAGCAGCAGCAGCGGAGAAGAAGACGGCGAUGCCGAAUGGAGAGCCGCCAUAGAUUCUCUCACCGCCACCACAGCAUUUAGCAGCUCCGCCGCCGCCAACGGUCAUCCAUCAUCUUCCUCAGUCGCCCAACCUUCCUGCGAAGAUGAAUCAGAUGCUCUGAAACCUCGGAAACUCAACCACUACCAAAUCAAGGUUCACAAGCUUUUGGAGGACUUUUUAGAGAAGACGAUUGAUAUAGUGAGUGACACAACCGAUGUGACUCCUGAAGAUCCCAUUAGUUGCAGUGAAGGUGGAAUUAGGCUGUUCAAACAUGCACCUCCUGGGAUAGCUGUUGACAACACAGAUGAACUUUAUAUAAAUAGGAAAAAGCCUAGAAUUCUUCCUGGAACAGAACUUGAAGAGGGGUCGAAGGAGUUCAAAAAGAGGAUCAGAUCAGUUUGUGUUGCAGGGAUGGAUAUAAUGGCUGCAGCUGAAGAUGCAACUCAGAAAUCAAAGGCUAGAUUGGAAGCAAGAGAUGCAGCUACCAGAGCAUAUCUUCAAAGAGAGGAAGAACGCGUUGCCGAACUUAAGAAAAUAAGGGGGGAGAAAUGGCUGCCUUCUCUUGAUCCUAGAGGCUUGCAGCAAAAACUCAAAGGGAAUUGUUGAUGCAGUGAUUAUGAUGUACUCCUUCCAUUUACAUUUUGUAGCAUUUUUAGUCUUUGGUUUGGUUAUUACAAAAUUAUAUGUAUUCAUAAGUUCCAUUGUCAAACAACUGUUAAAUGUCAUGUUUAUUUUCCCUACAAUCUAGGACUUGUGGAUUCAAUAACUCUAUGAUCGAUUCUUACCAUAUAUAAUUAAAGGCUAAGCCAACAGGGGUAAGGGUGCCUGUUGAAAAUUCAAGCUUCG